UUGGUCGACUCGGUCUUUGGUGGAAAAGGCAACAUUAUGAUGGACAGAGAUACACUGCUGCUAAAUAUACAACUCGUUGCGGAAAAGAAUCCUGAGGUUGACCACUCGAUCUUUUUGUACCACCUUCCCUGAAGCUGAGGCCAACUACUUUACCUACACCAAGCAACAUUUUUUUCUCAUACCUUUCUUUGCCUUAUCUUAAUAGAAUAGAAAUAUAGCACGCUCUUGGUGUAUGUGGAGCUGUUGUUUUAUGACUCCUAUUCAUAUCUUCAUUUGUAGCAACUUUUUCUAUUUCUAUUCAACUUAGUUGGGUUUUGUGUUUGGGUUUUUAAUCUCUGCUUGUUAGAUAUUAUGAGCUCGGACACACGCUUCUAUUUCUUCUUCAGAUCGCUCAUAAUUUCGUUCAACCGUUGCUUCUUGUUCACCUUUCUUAUCUACGGUACUGCUGCAAGGAAACUCCUUGCUUGUUCCUUUCAACUCUCUGCUUAGUAGUGUUUUUGUUAUUGCUUGGAGCAUGGAAUUCUUCUUUCUCUGGUAGCAAAGGAGGAAGGUUGCUUGCUUAGUUACUGUUUUAGUUCAAGAGUAAUCAUACUUGGUGUUCAAAGUGUAAAUUAACGGAACGUUCAAGGAACUCUACCAGUAUGGGAACUGAUAGUGGUGAAGAAGCGGAGUCAUUACCAAAUCCGCGCUCCUUCAAGGUGCAUAGUAAACUGUGUGUGGAACUCAUGAAAAUACUAGCAAGAGUUUUGAGGAUAUUUCCGGCAAUAGAGGAGGCUCGGCCUCGAAGCUCAUCAGGAAUAGAGUCUCUGUGUUUGCUGAACAAUGCAAUCGAUAAAGCCAAACUACUACUGCAGCAUUGCUCUGAUUGCAGCAAACUCUACCUGGCUCUGACAGGGAAUGCAAUACUUCAAAGAUGCCAAAAGGCAAGAAAAUCAUUAUUGCAAAGCUUGAUCCAGAUUCAGGGUAUGGUUCCAGUUAUUUUAGCUGCAGAGGUUUCUGGAAUAAUCGAUGAUCUUGAGUGUGCCACAUUUGUCUUAGACUCUGCCGAAGAAGAGGCUGGGAAGGUUGUUAAGGAGUUGCUUGAGCAAGAUACAGAUACAAUGGAUGGUUCUGCGGUAAAAGCUCUUCAGUUUGCAGCACCAAGACUUAACAUUACAUCCCAAAAGGCCAUCUUAAUAGAGAAACGAUCUAUUAAGAAGUUGCGAGAUAAAAUUGGAACCAAUGACCAGAAAAAGAAGGCCAUUUUGAAAUUUCUUUGGUAUAUACUGGACAAGCAUGGAAAUCACAUCAUUGGGGAAGAAAUGGAGAAGGUCUAUUCCCAUAAUGAUGAACCAAUAGCCACUGAGAACUCUAGUCGCCAUUCUCAACAAAGCCAUCAAACUGAGUCUGAUCCAUACUUGCACUAUGACCAAUAUAGAACUCAGACUGAUGAGUUUGGUAGAGCUACACCACUUGAGGAGUAUAAGUGUCCAAUAUCAUCAAGAUUGAUGUAUGAUCCUGUUGUCAUUGCAUCUGGUGUUACAUAUGAAAGGAUGUGGAUAAAAAAGUGGUUUGAUGAGGGUAAUGAUACAUGCCCGAAAACUAAAAAGAAACUAGUGCAUAUGGGAAUGACUCCUAAUAUUGCCAUGAAGGACUUAAUAUCAAAAUGGUGCAGAAACAAUGGAGUCUCCAUUUCUGACCCAAACAGGCUAGUAGGAGGUUUUCACUCUUGGGAAGCUUCUAUGACUUCCAUCAAGAGUUUUGGAAGUUACGUAAAUGAUUUUAACUUGCCACUGGAUCUUAGUAACAUGUCUCUUGGAUCAUUGGAUACUAGUUACAAUUCAGAUGUCUUGCAUUCUAAGACCACUCGUGAGUCAAAUUUGAGGUCAAUAAUGACUAAUGAUGAUUCUCACAAACGUCAAGCUCAAGAACAGAUACGUGAAGCAAAUUUGCAGCUCUUGUUCGAACUGCAUGAUCUCCAAUGGGAUUCUCAAUGCCAGGUCAUUGAAGAAGUGAAAGAAAAUUUGAAAAGCAAUUACCAAGCUUUUUCUUCUGUAUCACCUCAGAAUUUCACUGAACCACUCAUCAGAUUUCUGAACAGUGCUUAUGAUCUGCAUGAUGUAAAAGCUCUCAGAGCUGGAACUCAGCUGCUGUUGGAAUUUGUCAACAACUGCAGAAAUGGUCUGAGUAAUUUCAGUGAAGAUGUAUUCACACUGUUGGCCAAUUUUCUUGAUUCAGAAGUGACAGGAGAAGCUCUUGCCGUAAUGGAAGAACUCUCUAGUUAUUUGCAUGGAAAAGCUAAAAUAGCAGCAUCCAAUGCACUCACUUCUAUUCUAAAUAUACUUAAUUCUGAUAACAAAGAGUUCCAACGACAAGCCAUUGUAAUAUUGUAUAAUUUGUCCUUCAAUGGUGAAGUUUGUCCCCUCAUGCUAUCUCUCAAGUGCAUCCCAACAUUGCUUCCAUUUUUCAAAGACAGGUCCCUUUUGAGAUACUGUAUAGUUAUAUUGAAAAAUCUUUGUGACACUGAAGAGGGUAGGAAUUCUGCUGUUGAAACCAAGGGUUUCAUAGCUUCUGUUGCCGAAAUACUCGAAACAGGAAGCAAUGAGGAAAAAGAACAUGCACUUGAAGUCCUAAUUUCUCUAUGUUCUCAACGCAUGGACUAUUGUAGAUUGGUUAUGAGUCAGUAUGUUAUCUCUCAUCUUUUCUAUAUAUCCAAGAAUGGAAGCGACAAAGGACAGGCAACUGCAUUGGAACUGCUCCGUCUUCUGCAAGAUGUAGAAGAUGUGGAAGAUGAUGAUUCCCUUGAACCAAAUCUCAACAACACCUCCGGAGAUUCAAACAGCCAACCUCAAGAGAGGAGAUCAUCAAAGGGAUCAAAAUUUCUGAAGAAACUACCCUUCUUAAAAACCAAGAGAUGAAACUGAAUUCUUCGGCUUUCCAGAUAUGUAUGUUUGUUAGAUGGAGCCUUGUGGAUAUGUCUCUGACAUUAGUUGUGUCUUUCUUGCAUUCUGUAGCAUUUAUUAGCUCUACAUAUUCAUUUGAAAUGGGUCUGCUGCUUAAUUUUGCACCCUAACCAGCAGGUUGUAUGAUGAUGUAUAGUUCUGCUUAUGAUUUUGAGGUAUUCUUUUGACAUUUCAA